GUCCAACGGGGAAUUAUUGGAAUUGGUUUGGUUUUUGGUUUUGGGCAAAGCCAACGCCAUUGUUUCUGUCUCUGUUUCUCUCUCUUCUCAUCGCAUUCAAAAGUCUCUUUUGACCACCAACAACACCAUCACCUUCUUCUCUUCUUCCUCGUCCCUGCUCUCUCCUUUCCUUCUUCUUCCUAUUUCUCUCUCUCUCUCUCUCUCUCUCUCUCUCUGUCAAUGAAUGAUAACACUUUCUCCUUCUUUUGAUCUUUUCAACAUUUUCUGACGAUGGGUCUCUGUUUCUCCGCCACCAAAGUCAGCGGUUCUAACAGCAACAACGCCAACAACACCUCCAAUCGCUACCGUAAAUGUUCCAAGCCUCAAGCCGUGACGGUGAAUAAGAACCAAGCCUCGCAGGGUCAACGCCGACGAGUGCCAGAGGAGAAGAAUCAACGACCCAGAGAGAAAACCAACGCGCGCCGCCAAGGGGGGCAUGUUCCCUGUGGAAAGCGAACAGAUUUCGGUUACGAGAAGGAUUUUGAUAAGAAAUUCUCGCUUGGGAAAUUGUUGGGGCAUGGCCAAUUCGGUUAUACCUAUGUUGGAGUUGAUAAAGUAAAUGGGGAUCGUGUUGCCGUUAAGAGACUCGAGAAGAGCAAGAUGGUUCUCCCGAUAGCCGUUGAGGAUGUGAAGCGAGAGGUCAAGAUAUUGAAAGAACUUACGGGCCAUGAAAAUGUAGUUCAGUUCUAUAAUGCUUUUGAGGAUGAUUCAUAUGUUUACAUAGUUAUGGAGUUAUGCGAGGGUGGAGAGCUGUUAGAUCGGAUAUUAGCCAAGAAGGAUAGUCGUUAUACUGAAAAAGAUGCAGCCGUGGUUGUGAGGCAGAUGCUCAAAGUUGCGGCUCAGUGUCAUUUACAUGGGUUGGUGCAUCGGGACAUGAAACCAGAGAAUUUUCUUUUCAAAUCAACCAGAGAAGAUUCACCUUUAAAGGCUACUGAUUUUGGUUUAUCUGAUUUCAUAAAACCUGGAAAGAGGUUUCAAGAUAUUGUUGGCAGUGCUUACUAUGUUGCACCGGAAGUGUUAAAACGGAAGUCAGGCCCUGAAUCAGACGUAUGGAGUAUUGGUGUGAUUACAUACAUAUUGCUUUGUGGGAGACGCCCGUUUUGGGAUAAGACUGAGGAUGGUAUCUUCAAGGAGGUCUUACGGAAUAAACCUGAUUUCCGGCGGAAACCAUGGCCAACUAUAAGCAAUGCAGCAAAAGAUUUUGUGAAGAAAUUGUUGGUAAAAGAUCCUCGGGCAAGAUAUACUGCUGCUCAGGCUCUAUCACAUCCAUGGGUUAGAGAAGGAGGAGAGGCAUUGGAGAUUCCUAUUGAUAUAUCUGUCCUGAACAACAUGCGGCAGUUUGUGAAGUAUAGUCGGUUGAAACAAUUUGCACUGAGGGCAUUGGCUAGCACACUUAAUGAAGAAGAGUUGUCUAAUCUAAAAGAUCAGUUUGAUGCAAUAGAUGUGGACAAAAAUGGUUCUAUUAGUCUUGAAGAGAUGAGACAGGCUCUUGCUAAAGAUCUCCCUUGGAAGUUGAAAGAAUCACGUGUACUGGAGAUAUUGCAAGCGAUAGACAGCAACACAGAUGGGCUAGUGGAUUUCACCGAGUUUGUGGCAGCUACAUUACAUGUACAUCAAUUGGAAGAACAUGAUUCUGAGAAGUGGCAGCAACGGUCACAGGCAGCUUUUGAGAAAUUUGACUUGGAUAAGGAUGGCUAUAUUACUCCCGAUGAACUUAGAAUGCAUACGGGUCUGAGAGGGUCCAUUGAUCCAUUGCUUGAGGAAGCCGAUAUUGACAAAGACGGAAAAAUCAGCUUACCAGAAUUUCGGAGACUUCUAAGAACUGCAAGCAUUUCGCGAACUGUAUCGAGCCCAAGUAUUCAUCGGAAGAGUUAGAUUAAUGUGUUCAGAGGCUGAGAUAAUUCAGGAGAUGAGAGUGAUGAAUUCCCUUUAAGAUGAUCUCCUGUGCAGAUUGUGCUGAGCCCUUGAGAUAUCUAUUUAUUCUGCAAAAAUUUUGCACACUCUGACCAUCAUAUAUGAAACUCUGAAACUACAGUUAAUAUUGGCUAUGGCAUACCGCACAUGAUUGUGUUAAAGCUUAGUCUAAAUGACUAUGUGAAGAGGUGUUUAAUAUUGUAUGUAGACCCUGCGUGGAUUGGCUUCAGGUAUCAGAGUUUCAGUGGUGUACAUCAUUUUAAGUGUCAGGGUUUUUUUCUGGGCUUGCUUGUGCCAUACUUGUAAUGUGUAAUACUGUAACUAUAAAUAAAAGUUUUCUACCCCCCACCCCACAAGAAAUUCCUACAAAUAAUCAUCAAAUGAAUAUAUUUAGAUUUCCAUUUUGUU